AUGUUGUUAUACAUAGUAUACGUUUCUUGUGCUUUUUUGCUGCCAUUCUUUGUUCGAGCCGAUACCUGCUCUACCAUUACGGAUCUUGGGGGCAUCGAUGUCAAAUACUCUCUCGAUUUAGCUUACAUUGAAGAGCAGACGCAAUACUGGUCGACGUCAUGCUCGGCGCUUCUCCCUUCGUGCAUCAUUUUCCCCAAGACGGUAGAAGAGGUCUCGACAGUGAUGAAGGUGCUUGCUAACACUACGGAGCCUUUCGCCAUCAAGUCUGGAGGGCACAACCCGAACAACGGCUGGAGCAGUGUUGCCGGGGGACCCCUGAUCUCCAUGGAUCGUUUUGAUCAGGCCGUUUUGGAUAGCAGCACUGGUAUUGUCGACGUAGGUCCGGGCAAUCGGCUAGACAGUAUUUCUGCCAAGUUACAAGGCUCUGGGUGGACGUUUGUUGGCGGACGAAUUGGCAACACUGGAGUUGGUGGUUUGGUCCUUGGCGGGGGACUUAGCUACAUGUCGACACAAUAUGGAUGGGCGGCUUCAAGUGUUCUAGAAUACGAAAUCGUUUUUGCAAACGGCACGAUUGGUUACAUCCGGAAAGACAACAACCCCGAUCUGUUCAUCGCACUCAAAGGAGGUGGCAACAACUUUGGUGUCGUAACAAACUACAAGUUACAAGCCCGCCGCCAGGGCAACGUAUGGGGUGGCAAUCUUGUUUACUUACGUACACCGAAGAAGGAUGCAGAGCUACUUCAAGCUGUACGUGAUUGGACCGAGUACAAUGAGGACGACAAGGCAGCUGUCAUUGUCACUGCUGAACGCACUAAUGUCAACAUCAUCGACUCAUGGAUUCUAUUCUUAUUCUACGACGGCGCAACACCACCACCGGGACUUUUCAAAAACUUCACCGAUGUCAACCCUCUUCUUGACACAACACGUACGCGAACAUAUGCCGACUUGAUGGCAUUUAGUAAUUGGGUUGUACUCAAGGGUAGUGUUGUUGAUAUCGCCACUGAAACCAUAUCCAUUCCUUCUCGCGCCAAUGCAGUCGAGAUUAUGGAGGGUCUUCAUAACCAUUGGCGCAACAUCUCUGGAACAACGCUCCUUGUGCCAGGCAUAGUCGCAUCCAUCGCAUGGCAGCCUUUCCCUAAACGCAUCGCGCAAAAGGCUCGAGAGCUUAGUCCUGACCUGAUCGAUGCCGACGCAAGCGUUGACCGUAUCAUUAUCGAAAUGAAUUACGCCUUUACGCCCAAAACGCUGUAUGACAGCAUGGCUGACACUAUGGAAGCCACGUACACGGGCAUUCGCAAUAGAGUGUUGGCAUGGCAAGCAGAUGGAAAGUUGCCAGACGCUUAUUUACCUGUUUUUAUGAACUAUGGAUUCUAUCGCCAAGAUUACUUUGGCAGGUUGAGGCCGCAGAGUCGUGCGCUGGCGAAGAGGGUUGCGGAUGCUGUCGAUCCAAAAGGUUUGUUCCGGUCGCGAACCGGAGGGUGGAAGCCUUGA